GAGCUUGGGUGGCGCUGGCCGCGGCGCGGGAGCAGGAGUACCCCCUGUGGGCCGCUGUGAGGGCCUAGGGUGCUGAGCAGGCAGCUGCGGCACAGUUCUGGGCACACUAAGAAAUGAGAAAAAUACCCAGUCAUGGGGCUCUGCGGAUGACGAAAGCGGUGUACCCCCUGGGGCUGUGCGUGGGCCUGUUCAUCUACGUGGCCUAUAUCAAGUGGCACCGGGUCUCCACCCCCCAGGCCCUCUCCUCCAUCACUGGACCAGCCCACACCUCCGUGGGGUCAGCUGCUCGUGCUCAUGAAGUCUUCUACGGAAUCAUGUUUGAUGCCGGGAGCACUGGUACUCGUGUGCACGUCUUCCAGUUUGCCCAGCUACCUGGAGAGACUCCUACCUUGACCCAUGAGACUUUCAGAGCACUGAAGCCAGGGCUUUCUGCUUAUGCAGAUGAUGUCGAUAAGAGCGCUCAGGGAAUCCAGGAACUGCUGGAUGUUGCUAAGAAGGAGAUUCCAUUUGACUUCUGGAAGGCCACGCCGCUCGUCCUCAAGGCCACUGCUGGCUUGCGCCUGUUACCUGGGGAAAAGGCUCAGAAGCUGCUGCAGAAGGUGAAGGAGGUGUUUAAGGCGUCACCUUUCCUGGUAGGGGACGACUGUGUUUCCAUCAUGAACGGAACUGAUGAAGGUGUGUCUGCGUGGAUCACUGUCAACUUCCUGACAGGCAGCUUGCGAGGCCCAGGUAGGAGCAGCGUGGGCAUGCUGGAUCUGGGCGGCGGAUCUACUCAGAUCACCUUCCUUCCACGGGCUGAGGGCACCCUCGAGGCCUCCCCCCCUGGCCACCUGACGUCACUGCAGAUGUUUAACAGGACCUACAGGCUGUAUUCCCACAGCUACCUGGGGCUGGGACUGAUGUCAGCGCGGCUGGCGAUCCUGGGUGGCGUGGAGGGGAGACCCGCCAAGGACGGGAAGGAGUUGGUCAGCCCUUGUCUGUCUCCUGGGUUCAGAGGCCAGUGGGAACAUGCGGAAAUAAUGUACCAGAUCUCAGGACAGAAGGCAGGCCUCCUCCACGAGCUGUGUGCCAGCAGGGUAUCUGAAGUCCUCCGAAACAAGGUGCACAGGGCCGAAGAGGCAGGGCACGUGGACUUCUACGCUUUCUCCUACUACUACGACCUGGCAGCCAGUGUGGGUCUCAUAGAUGCAGAGAAGGGAGGCAGUGUCACAGUCGAGGACUUCGAGAUCACAGCUAAGUACAUGUGCCGGACGCUGGCUGCCCAGCUGCACCGCAGCCCCUUCCUCUGUAUGGACCUUACUUACAUCAGCCUGCUGCUCCGCGAGUUCGGCUUUGCUGGGGACAAAGUGCUGAAGCUGACUCGGAAAAUUGACAAUGUGGAGACCAGCUGGGCUCUGGGGGCCAUUUUCCACUACAUCGACACCCUGAAGAGACGGAAGAGCCCAACCCUGUAGUCCCAGGCCGCCUUCCUGAGCUGUCCCCACAGACCCCUCCAUCUGGACCUGACCCCGUCCUGCAAGAGCCCAUGCUGCCACAUCCCUCUACAGAUCUGCCACAGAGUGGAGGGCAGGCCCACCGGGCCGUGCCUCAGAUGUUCAAGCUGGGCCAUAGCUGCUGAGACCUCUUCAGCUGUGGCUGCAGGUAGACCCGAGCCAUGCGUGUCCCUUGGCAUUCCUGUCCCCUGUCUGUAGGGAUAUGACUGCUUAUGUGUGUGUCCCUAUGUGUGAAUCUCUGGUCCCCCGGUCUCCUUGAUCCUCCCAAGGGCUCAGGCCGCACAGGUGCCUGGCUGCUCUGGGAGAGCAGAGUAGGACCCAUGGCUUUCAGACACUGUCUCCAGCAAGGUUCUCCAUGCUGGAAACAUGAAGCCAUCCAGAGGUGUGGGACUAACUGGUGGGGGACACUGGCUAGAGGUCCCCUCUCGUGGACCUAUACUGGCUGCAGAUUCCCCAGAGAUCAGAGCAGGGUGGGACUUGCUGUAGGAGCAGUGCUGGCCCCACUGCCUGAGUGCCAAGCGCUGUGUGUGAGCCAUAACUGAGCCCCUUUCUGACACCAACGCUGUGUCCCCAUGAAUGUACUGCACCGUGAGCCAUGUGAGACAGUGUGUGCCCCGUGCUGACCUUGACUACAGCCUCCCUGAGUCCACCGAGGCUCCCUCAGUGAAUGUACAGCUCUGGACCUCUGUGCUCUGCCGUGAAUAAAGGUUCAGGACUCCUUCCCAAGUCCUGGGUGAGCAACUGCCUUUGUCCACUCUGAAGU